AUGUGCUUCAACGGCCUUCCAUUCUUGCCACUAUCUCGCUCUUCUGCUUCACCUUUACUCUCCCCUGCUAUCCUAAUUCAUGACUUCCAUACCCUUACUUCCAUCCAAAUAUCUCGUGUCUCUAUGGACCGCGAUGCCAUUGAAUUCAUUGUUAGCAGCGAUGAAAAACCGUCUUUUCAAUCAAAAGCACCAACGACAUCAGCGACACCGAUAGCUGCGGUCGUGCCUCAAGCGCCAUAUCUCCAAGGCCAGACAGGAAUAGAUAAGUCAGCACAGUGCUUCCUCGGUUCAUUGCCUUCAUCACCCCCCUUUCGCCCAAUUCAACUCUCGACCUCGAAAUACAAAACUAUGAUCACUAUCAACAAAACAGUGCACCUUCGACAGAUGGCCUCCAAGCGCGAUCCACUCAAAAUAAUAGUAUUUUCUGGCGCUAACGACCAAAACCCGCUCCUUUCGCAAUCUAUCUCUAUCAGACAUCAAAAGCAUCCGAAUAAUGCAAAUAGCGAUAUCCAUGUCAAUGAUAGUAAUGUAACGCAAACAGGUUAUGCAACAACAGCUGUUUCAUACUCGCCGUACUAUCACUAUAUUCCAAUGUCUUCGUCAACACAUUAUAGUUACCAAUAUAUUAGAAAUGAAUAUGAGCGGCGAUAUAAGACCGGCAUUCCGGGUGAGGAUGGUGUGGAACCAGAGACGAAUGUUUUUUACUAUACUUAUAACACACCGGAUAUGCCCAAAAAACCCAGGUCAUUGGCAGGUUCUCGUCAGACUUCUGAAAAUACUGGUUGUGGUGACAGUAUCGUACUCUGUGCUCUUGUCCCUCUAUUAUUCAGUAGAACAGUUUCUACAGUUCACCAAAAAAUUUCAACCCUGUCUGGGUUCAGUUCGUAUGCGUAUGAAAACAAUCAAACAACAUCGCCUCUUAUAAAUGUGCCACAAGAACUUGAAACUCCUGUAGCAUUUGGUGAACUAGAUCUACACCUGCCCACAGCAUCCAUCAUUGCCUCAGCGACAUCAUGUGGGAUAUGCGAUGGCUGUCCUGUUACUGCCACUACUUGUUUCCCUGUGCUCCCUUUUGAUGACUUGCGCAGUUUUACUUGGGGUAUUUGGAAUAACUUUCGAAUCAGCUGGUCAGUCCCUAUCAUUAUUCCUGGGAAUGCUGCUUCUUCAAGCUGCUGUAGCGUCUCUGGUUCUCUUCUUAAUUCCUACGACGUCUAUCCCCUAACCACAACCACGUUUGUGAUCAUGAACAUUGUUGCGGUCUUUAACCCUAUCGAGCCGAUGCCGCCGUUCUACCGAUGGGCCUAUACGGUACCUUUUCUUAACGCAGUCCAAGCGACGCGCUAUGUUCUCAUGGAGUCUUACAACCGCUUGAACUACAAGUUGCUCAUUUUUUUUUGCCGGGUCGUGCUGUCGAUCACGUUACUACCAUUCGCAAUUGCUCGGCAAAAACGGCUGUUGACGAAUAAUAGGAAGAUUGAAGAGUGGGAUCGAAAAGAGUCUCAACACCAUCAGAGGCACUAUACGAAUAGUAAAGUCAGCUAUCAGCAAUUCAGUACGGUGGCCUUGAAAGCGACGAGGCUUACUACGGGGGGUGCGCGAGGACUUCAAGUGAUGGACGAGCGGCAGUAUUGCCGCCAUGUUAUUAAUGACGUGGAUGAUAUGAGUUCAGAGUACUAUGGCCUUGACGGUCCAGACGAAGAGACACACUGCCGACAUCUAGACAUCACGAACAAAUCACAAAAUACUCGGCCCCUACAGCACCGAGCAUUCAGCAGCAGUGCGGCGUCCAGUGCACAACUAAAGUCACAGGCCUGUCAUACCUGCCCUCGUCCCGACGGAGGAGAUUCUAUGGGCAUUAGCCAAUCACAUGCUGGGAUGCCAAAGCUGAACCGACAUCCUUAUGCCUCCGAGUUGGUACGAUCGUCCUCCCCUGACGAAGUAAAAUAG